AUGAUUCUCGCUAUAGACAAGACGGGGUUACAAAACCAAGCUUUUUUAGCAACACCUGGUAACACUAUGGGUUCGUGCUGCAGUUGCUGCUGUAACAGUGGACCGCCAGCUGGCGAUGACGUUUACGUUGCUGAUAACAACCCUGGAUAUUAUCCCCCCUCCACAAUAGUGAUAGAUGACCAGCCCGUGAACUAUGGCAGAUAA